AUGCGCGUUUUCAGCCGCGUAAUCGUCGUCACAACAGGCUCAGGCAUCGGGCCCUGCUUGUCCUUCCUGGGCGACAAGAACCGGCCCGCGCUGCGCGUGCUCUGGCAGACUCGCGCGCCUCUCAAAACAUACGGUGACGGCGUGAUGGAGAUGGUGCAUCGGAUGGAUUGUGCUCCCAUCAUUAUGGACACGAACCAGUGUGGCCGCAUCGACAUGGUCCCCAUUAUCCUGCAGCAGAUUAAGUACUUUGAUGCAGAGGCGGUGUGCGUGAUCAGUAACCCUGUGCUGACGGGGCGAAUUGUGUAUGAGCUUGAAGCGCGAGGAAUCCCGGCGUUUGGCCCGAUUUUCGACUCUUGA